GUCACUCACUUGGAGCUACAGCAUCCAAAUUGGAGUACCUCCGUCUCAUUCAAACAGGUUUUAUGUUAUGUACGCCCACUCGGAUUGAAACGGAACUCAGAUGUACUCUUUCGGGCCAAUAAGCAGCGAGUGCUGCCUUGUUUAAAAAUAAGUUUGGAUCUUGCUCUCUCUCCUGAUAUCUAUGGGGCAACUAACAGUGUGGGGUGUAUUCAUUCCCCUUUCACUGCACAUCAUUUCAUUUAAAACAGUUUCUAUUGGACAAUUUCAGCUGUGUUUUUCUCCUUUGACAAAACAGGGAGGGACCUAGCUGAAUCUGUCCAAUAGAUAUGUUUGAAACGUUUUGUAUAAUUGAACAAAUCCCAAGCGUAGGUUUUCCGUGUUUUUAUUUGAAGAGCCUAGCUACCUUUCGAUCGAGGCCGAAACCCAAGCCAAGGGGGCUAGGAACGUACGGGGUACAGCUGUGGUCUGCUGCAGCCAGCGGAGUCAGAAAGGCAAUACGUUUUCCGGACUGGAUAGCUUCAAGUACUUUGACCCAAAGAUUUCUCCAUGGACCAUGAGUAUCAGAGUCGCCUGCUUCGGCAGAUCAACAUUCAGAACGAAAACACCAGCCCCAUUAAACCGACAGAGGUGAUGCGCAAUUUGACGCCCAACAACUCCCCCAUGUCCUCUCCAAGCAAGCAUGGCGACAGGUUCAUCCCAUCCCGUGCCGGGGCCAACUGGAGUAUCAACUUUCAUAGGAUCAAUGAGAAUGACAAAUCACCAAGUCAGAGUAGAAAAACAAAGGAUGCGACAACCGAUAGCAGCAAAGCGGAUGGGCUGGCUUACUCUGCUUUGUUGAAAAAUGAGCUGCUCGGGGCUGGCAUCGACAAAGUGCAGGACCCCCAGACAGAAGACAGGCGAUUGCAACCCUCCACGCCGGAGAAGAGGAGUCUCUUCAGUUACUCCCUUAGUGCCAAGAGGUCCACAAUAGAUGAGGACAAUAACAUCUCUCCCUACUCGCUGUCACCUGUCAGUAGCAAAAGUCAAAAGUUGCUACGCUCACCCAGGAAGCUGACCCGUAAAAUCUCCAAGAUCCCAUUCAAGGUCCUGGAUGCUCCUGAACUACAGGAUGAUUUCUACCUCAACCUUGUUGACUGGUCUGCUCUAAAUGUGUUGAGCGUUGGCUUAGGAACUUGUGUCUACCUCUGGAGUGCUUGUACCAGCCAGGUGACUCGUCUGUGUGACCUGUCAGUAGAGGCUGAUUCCGUUACAUCCGUGGAUUGGUCAGAAAGGGGCAAUCACGUGGCAGUGGGGACUCACAAAGGCUAUGUCCAAAUCUGGGAUGCCGCAGCCGGCAAGAAACUCUCCACGUUAGAGGGACACACUGCUAGAGUUGGUGCGCUGGCCUGGAAUGCCGACCAGUUGUCGUCAGGCAGCCGCGACCGCAUGAUCCUGCAGAGGGAUGUUCGCACGCCGCCUCUCCAAUCGGAGCGCCGGUUGCAAGGCCACCGGCAGGAGGUGUGCGGUCUGAAGUGGAGCACAGACCAUCAGCUGCUCGCGUCCGGCGGCAACGACAAUAAGCUGCUCGUCUGGAACCACUCUAGUACGGCCCCGGUGCAGCAGUACAAUGAUCACCUGGCUGCAGUUAAAGCCAUCGCCUGGUCCCCCCAUCAGCAUGGGCUGCUGGCAUCCGGGGGCGGAACGGCUGACCGCUGUAUCCGCUUUUGGAACACGCUCACCGCACAGCCACUGCAGUGCAUGGACACCGGUUCGCAGGUCUGCAACCUGGCCUGGUCGAAGCAUGCCAAUGAACUGGUCAGCACACACGGUUACUCCCAGAAUCAGAUCUUGGUGUGGAAAUAUCCGGCACUCACACAAGUAGCCAAGCUUACCGGCCAUUCGUACAGAGUGCUGUACCUGGCACUGUCUCCUGAUGGUGAGGCUAUUGUCACAGGUGCUGGAGAUGAAACAUUACGCUUCUGGAAUGUGUUCAGUAAAACACGAUCAACAAAGGAGUCAGUAUCUGUUUUGAACCUCUUUACCAGGAUAAGAUAACUGCAAUUCAGGAAUUGACUUUGAUCGGGUGUCUGGAAUUUCUCAUGACAAUUAACACAAUGCAAAGAGGAUGACCCAACAUCGACAUGGCGUCUUGUCAUGAAGGAUGGAGAGGGGAAAAACGUUACUUUGUCAAUCCUUUGCUCUGAAACAAGUUUAUCUGGACUUUUUUCAGAAUGGAAGUGUCCUCCAUGUCUCUUUGUUUUUUGCAAUUUCAGUACUGUUCAAUCUACAGUUAUGUUUUUUUGUAUGUUGCUUUUUUGUAUUUUAUCAUGUCUGUGUCAAAGGUGCUUUAAAGUUCAAUGGAUCUAAAAUUCAAGUGUUUGUACGCUCAGGUCUUAUUUAUUUACUGUUUGAAAUUAUGUAUUUUAAUGUUUUAUAUAGGCUGGUGCAAGUUGUAUAAUAGGACAAUGAUUGCAGAUGUUUUGAAAAAAGGGCUUACCAUUUGGAAUAGAGGGGGGGGGGGGAAACAAGUGCAUGUGUUUUAGCACUAUGUUCAAUACAGUAUGGUUAAUGAAACAUGUUGUCAGUUGUAAUGUAAGGAGAACACUCAAUUAUUUCAACUCAAGCAAGAUAGAACAACAGUUAAAAAUAGUAAUAAAAAAAAAUUGUUUUCCCUUC